AUGGGUCCGAAUUCCUAUAAGAUCAUCAAUUUUGCUCCAAGUCUACUGCAAAUCAUAGUAUCAGAUCAAGUUGAAUUUCCAGUACGUCAAGCAGCUGCCAUUUACCUAAAGAACAUGGUGACACAGUACUGGCCAGACCGUGAACCACCUCCCGGAGAAGCAGUGUUUCCAUUCAAUAUUCAUGAAAAUGAUCGUCAGCAGAUUCGUGAUAACAUUGUAGAAGGAAUAAUUCGUUCUCCUGACUUAGUGAGAGCCCAGCUGACAAUGUGCCUCCGUGCUAUCAUUAAACAUGACUUUCCUGGCAAUUGGACAGCUGUGGUAGACAAGAUAGGCUACUACUUGCAGUCUCAGAACAGUGCGAGUUGGCUUGGGAGCCUUCUGUGCCUGUAUCAGCUGGUGAAGACUUAUGAAUACAAAAAAGCAGAGGAACGAGAUCCUCUUAUAGCAGCAAUGCAAAUAUUUUUGCCUCGGAUUCAGCAGCAGAUGAUCCAGCUUCUGCCUGAUAACUCCCAUUACUCUGUACUGCUUCAGAAACAAAUCUUAAAAAUCUUCUAUGCUCUUGUUCAGUAUGCAUUGCCACUCCAGUUGGUGAAUAACCAGACUAUGACUCAGUGGAUGGAGAUCUUCCGUACUAUCAUUGAUAGAAAUGUUCCUCCUGAGACUUUGCAAAUUGAUGAAGAUGAUAGGCCAGAGCUGGUGUGGUGGAAAUGCAAGAAGUGGGCAUUGCAUAUUGUAGCUCGUCUUUUUGAACGGUAUGGAAGUCCUGGAAAUGUAACGAAAGAAUACUUUGAGUUCUCUGAGUUUUUCUUAAAAACAUAUGCUGUGGGAAUACAACAGGUACUCUUAAAAAUCUUAGACCAAUACAGACAAAAAAACUAUGUCGCUCCACGUGUCCUUCAACAAACAUUAAAUUAUCUGAAUCAAGGGGUCAUUCAUUCUGUAACAUGGAAGCAGAUGAAGCCACACAUACAUAGUAUAACAGAAGAAGUGAUAUUUUCCCUAAUGUGCUACAAAGAUGAGGAUGAAGAACUCUGGCAAGAGGAUCCAUAUGAAUAUAUCCGCAUGAAAUUUGAAGUUUUUGAGGAUUAUGCAUCCAGUUCAACAGCAGCACAGAAUCUCCUUUAUACUGCAGCAAAGAAAAGAAAAGAGGUAUUACCAAAAAUGAUGGCAUAUUGCUACCAGAUUCUGACAGAGCCAAACAUUGAUCCAAGGAAAAAAGAUGGAGCUUUGCAUGUUAUAGGAUCCCUAGCUGAUAUUUUACUGAAGAAGAGUGUAUUCAAGGAUCAGAUGGAGCUGAUGUUGCAGAAUCAUGUAUUUCCAUUGUUCAUGUCUAACCUGGGGUACCUCAGAGCUAGAUCCUGUUGGGUUCUUCAUUCAUUCAGUGCUUUGAAAUUCCACAAUGAGCUAAACUUAAGGAAUGCAGUAGAGUUGGCAAAGAAGAGCCUGAUUGAUGAUAAAGAAAUGCCUGUCAAGGUAGAAGCUGCAAUAGCUCUUCAGACAUUGAUAAGUAACCAGGAGCAAGCCAAAGAAUAUGUGAAGCCAUAUGUAAGGCCAGUUAUGCAAGAGCUCUUACACAUUGUUAGAGAGACGGAAAAUGAUGAUCUUACUAACGUAAUCCAGAAGAUGAUCUGUGAGUACAGUCAAGAGGUAGCUACCAUCGCUGUUGACAUGACACAACACUUGGCUGAAAUAUUUGGUAAAGUACUUCAGAGUGAGGAAUAUGAGGAAGUGGAAGACAAAACAGUUAUGGCCAUGGGCAUCUUGCACACAAUUGACACUAUCCUGACAGUUGUGGAAGACCACAAGGAGAUAACUCAACAGCUGGAGAGCAUAUGUUUACAGAUCAUUGGCCUCGUUUUGCAGAAACACGUUAUAGAGUUUUAUGAAGAAAUUCUCUCCUUGGCAUACAGCUUGACGUGCCAGAUGAUUUCACCUCAAAUGUGGCAGCUUUUAGGUGUUUUAUAUGAGGUUUUCCAGCAGGAUUGCUUUGAGUACUUUGCAGAUAUGAUGCCUCUCUUGCAUAAUUAUGUGACCAUUGACACUGAUACUUUACUGUCUAACCCAAAGCAUUUAGAAAUCAUUUACGCGAUGUGUAAAAAGGUAUUAACAGGAGAUGCAGGAGAAGAUGCGGAGUGCCAUGCCGCCAAACUCCUGGAAGUAAUUGUUCUUCAAUGCAAAGGACGGGGUAUUGACCAGUGCAUUCCACUCUUUGUGGAGGCUGUUCUGGAGCGGUUAACAAGAGGAGUUAAAACAAGUGAGCUUCGUACCAUGUGUCUUCAGGUUGCCAUAGCUGCACUCUACUACAAUCCUGACCUACUUCUACAUACCUUAGAGAACAUCAGAUUUCCACACAAUCCUGAGCCCAUCACUGCACAGUUCAUAAACCAGUGGAUGAAUGACACAGACUGUUUUCUUGGACUCCAUGACAGAAAGAUGUGUAUAAUAGGACUGAGCAUCCUAAUGGAAUUGCAGAACCGACCACCUGCAGUGGAUGCUGUGGCUGCACAGAUUGUCCCUUCAAUCCUCCUCCUCUUCCUGGGCUUAAAACAAGUUUGCGCCUCACGAGAACUCACAGAACAUGAGGAUCAUGCUAAAGAUGAAAAACACGUUGCAGAAGAUAAUGAAGAAAUACCAAGUGAUGAGGAGGAGACAAAUGAAGUGAGCCAGGCGAUGCAAGAGAACCAUGGUGGAGGUGGCAGUGGUGGUGACGGCAGUGGAGAGGAAGAGGACGAUGAUGAUGAUGAUGAUGACUGGGAUGAAGAUGCUUUGGAAGAGACUGCUCUUGAAGGGUUCAGCACACCUCUUGACCUUGAAAAUGGUGUUGAUGAAUACCAGUUUUUUGCACAAGCACUUUUAGCGGUGCAGAGCCGAGAUGCAGGCUGGUACCAUUCGCUGACAGCACCGUUGAGUGAGGAUCAGAAGAAACAGCUGCAGGAAAUUUAUACAUUAGCAGAACACCGGAGAAGUGCUGCAGAGACUAAGACAAUAGAACAACAAAGUGGCUACACAUUUGACAACAAAGGACUGAUCACAGCAUUUAACUUUGCUGGAAAUAAUCCUGGUGGCAACUGAAGGAGAAACUGCAAAGGUCAAUGGGAAGGGUUUCAUCGUUACGUUUUAUUAAAAUCAUCGUGACUUCUGAGUGAUGGGGAGGGUAAUUUAAUGCUGCUGGAGGUUUCUUGGAAUGUAGCAGUGUGCUUUCCCCACCAGAAUGGUCUUUCUAACCAGCUACUGUAAUGUACAAAUUCUUGUGGUGUUUUUAUAAUUUGAUGGACUGAAAAGGAAACGUUUGUCCUCAAGGAACCUGAAUGACUGGGAGGGGCCAGGUUGCAUCUAAUUGAGUUGCACUUCUCAGGUUUUUGCUGUGCGGAAUUGAUAGAUUCAUAUGGAUAACAGUGCCUUCUGUUGUACGUGGAUUGCCUGAACAAAUGAAUUUUGGAGUGCAUUAUAAUUUUUUAAGUGUAAGGACAUUUCUAGAUACACUGUAAGCCUUGGGUCCAUGUUUUCCUGUUAUCUGCCUUUUACUACAUGAUUUCAUUGUUCGUUGGUUGCAUACACAUUGCUGGAUUCAGAAUGUUAUCUCAUCUUCCCUAUUUGGUGCAGACCAAAAGCGUAUAGGGAGGCGUCUGUUGUAGUAGUAAAGCAUACACUGGCGAUGUGAAAGUGUCUUAACAAAAUGCAGAUUUUCCCUUGAUACAGUGGUUUUAAUUUAUUUCCCCUAGCCCUGAAAUCAACUCACUUGAGUUAUAAUGGCACACGUGGCUGGGCAGGUUUAUAUCCUAAGUCUACAUUGAUAUUACCGCCUGCCUGCACAAGUGGUGUGGCCCUUGCAUGUAGAUGUUCUUUCUACAUGGUAACUUUUAAUCUCCACUAUUUUCACUGAAUGUUGAAUUUUAUUUGGGCUCCUGUGAACUGCUGUUCUGUUUUUAUUCAUUCAUUACCAUUCCAGUGGUAGUACUGAAUAAUAUAGUACAAAAUAUUUACAUUAUUUUAUUUAUCUCAGUAGAAAGGAAAACAGCUCCAGAACUUUUUUCUUCUUACUCUUAUGCUUCUGUGAUUGAAUUUCUGCUCUGCAUUCCAUUUAGUGGUUCUUGUCUCAUGCUGAAAUUUAAUUAUCUGCCAGAUUGUUUCUUAAAUCUCAAAGAUUGAUUUCUCAUAAAUUCAAAUACAUGUUAUUGGAUCUUUGUGAAUAUGUUCACGUAGGGAGAGACUUAACAUAUGAGAAAUCUAAUUUGGAUAGGUGCUCCUUCUCUAGAUCUGUUGGGAUCACAGUGGUAUAGACUGUGUAAAUAAGGAUGCUUCAGAAAGUGUAAGUACCUUGAAGCUUGGACUGGAGACUUUUUAAUCUAGAUUUUGUCUCUGUAUGUUAAGUCUCUGUGACUUAAAAACAUUUACCAAGCAAUGUUAACCACAUAUGGAUAAGUAUUUCUUUGGAGCAGUGCCCCAACUGAAAAUCACAGAAUCACAGAAUCGUUUAGGUUGGAAGGGACCUCUGGAGAUCAUCUAGUCCAACCUCCCUGCUC